AUGGUGGUGGGAAGUGCUUUGGGAGCGUUUGCAGUAGCAAGGCCAUCGUCACUUUUGUUGUUCAGAGGACAAAAUGCUUUCAAAUUCAGAACUCUCUCGUCUUCAUCUGCCGAACCUUCUAGAAAGCUUGUUCUCUACUCGAAACCCGGUUGCUGUUUGUGCGAUGGCCUCAAAGAGAAGCUUCAUGCUGCAUUCUUACUCUCCGGUCCCGAUUCACUUAACGACGUUGAUUUGCAGAUAAGGGAUAUAACCAGCAAUCCCGAGUGGGAAAACGCUUAUCAAUACGAGAUACCUGUGUUGGCUAAAGUGCUUUCCGAUGGCACCGAGGUGGUUUUACCGCGAAUGUCCCCACGUCUAGGAGUGGAGCUCCUCCAGAAAAAGAUAGCGGCUUCUAUGAAACAACAAUAA